AUGAGAAGCCCAGUCGUCUUUCGCAAUAUGAGACCAGUUAGUCGGCUACGAAGCUGCAUAUUAAAGAAGGACUCGGUUCUCCUUUGCACGAUUCACAAUGGCUCAGGCCUCAGGACGGGGAGCUUUCCUAUUUCCAUACGACGCCGGAAUCAUUCAACAACAGCAUCCUCUCCAUCGUCCUCCUCCGUGUCAUCCGCAGAAAUGAACCAUUUUGCGACUCUAGCAAACAGUUGGUGGGACCCUCUUGGGCCUUCACGCAUCCUACAUUUAAUGAAUCCGCUCCGUCAUGAAUUCAUCGCAUCAUGCCUCUCCCAAUCGCACACACACCGUCAGCAAGAAAAUCAGCCAGGAGGGUCGGGGGGGGGAUCAAUAAGUGGCAGCACAGGGCUAAGUUAUCUGGAUAUAGGCUGUGGCGGGGGAAUAUUUGCAGAAUCACUCGCCAGAACCAUCCCACUCACACCAUCCGGAUCUUCAACCAACACCAAUGCAUCUUCCCUCCUGGCCAUCGACCCAUCCCCGGUGAUGAUCGAAAUUGCUCUCUCCCACGCACGCAAAGACCCGACAUUAUACACCCACAUCCAGACCGGUAAAUUCCAAUAUAAAAAUACCUCUCUCGAAGACCUGAUAGACUCUACCUCAGCACCUACCGCUGAUGUCAAUGCUGCAGCUACAAAUACCCCAUCAUUCGACAUGAUAACGCUCUUUGAAGUUCUUGAACAUGUUGACCCAUUAACUUCCUCACCACAGGCCUUCCUACGGAACUGUCUUCGUUUACUGAAACCAGGCGGGUGGCUUGUUGGUUCGACAAUUGCGCGCACAUGGCCUUCGUACGUUAUCAACCAGGUCAUUGCUGAAGCUCCGUGGCCCAUUGGCGUUGUGCCAAAGGGCACUCAUGAAUGGAGUAAAUUUGUUAAUCCAGAAGAAUUACGUCAGUGGGCGGAGAUAGAAGGCUCGUCGAACAUAGAAUGGAGGUGUGUUGGCGCCAUGUAUGCUCCUGGCUUGGGAUGGAAGAUGGUCCCUGGCUCGGAGCAAUGGGGCAACUACUUCUGGGGUAUAAGGAAGCUAUGA